AUGUUGAGUCAACGGCUCCUUUCUCGAGUUGUAUCGGGUCGAAGAGUCUCCCUGGUUCGGCCUCGUCAACCUCCAAGGGGCGCCCGGACGGUGGCUACUGUCAUUGGCUCUACUACUUUUUCGAGACGGUCCCCAUUAGUUGGGGCUCCAUCCUCAUUAUUGUGUUACCAUGAUCAUGAUUAUGACAAUAACCCCACACUGCAUCAACAAUACAUUCAACGACAACAAGUUCGUUGGAAACGCAAAUCGGGUGUUUCGGCGGAUGAUCCCAAACCACGGCGAUUUUCCAAAAAACAAAAAAAGAGAUUUCGACGUCAACUGGAACGAGAACGAGAUUUGGCCAAACAUGCGGCACCCGGGAGUGUUGCCGGACAGAAACGGGAAUAUGUCGAACAAGAAAAACAAGAAAUGAUCAACGAGUAUCAGAGUCGUCUCGAUGGGACACUGCCAUUGCCAGGCAGUCCACUCGACGAUCCGUCGUUGGAAUACACGGCAUCGGAUGCCUUGCUCGAUGAUUUGAUUGGCAACUCGUCCUAUACCGGGGCACCCACACCGGAACCCAUCUAUUAUGGACAUCGACAACAGGCAUUCUCCAGUAGAGUCAAGAAUCAACUCGAGAUUUAUCAGCAAGAACUGCAGGCUAUAGAGACUGCAGGCACACAAAACAAGAAAAAGAAACAACCCAAGCAUUUGCUCCCCAGCGAUCGGGAAAUUGCCUUGGCCAUCAAGGCAUAUCGAGAUCGACACGGCACCAAACAAAAACCCAUUGGAAUCGCCAGGGCACUCCAACACGUCCUCAAAGAUCUGAAAAUACCCAGUAUUCAGUCUUGUUUUGGAGAAUACAGUUACAAUGCACUCCUCUCUUGUUGUCGCACACCCAAGGAAGGUCUACGAGUCUUUCAAAUGAUGGAAGAGAAGGAACAACCUAACAAACACAACAUAUCCAAAUACAGUUGGGCCAUUCUCAUGGACAUUCAUGCCAAAGUGGGCGAUUUUGAAGGAUGCGUCCGUGUGUUGGACGGCAUGCACGAGGCUGGGCAUGAUCCCAAUUUGGCCGCCUACACGUCACUGCUAGCGGGCUGUUAUAAAGUCUGCAAUGAUGGACGCAUUGCCCAUGGUAUUCGCGCUCGCGCUGGAAAAGUGGGAUGGGAAAAAUGGCAAGAAUUGCAAAUUGUGGGAUUGCAACCCGAUGUCAUGUGUUACGGUGCCAUGUUGCGACUCUGUGCUGCGCGGGGGAAACCGGAACAAUGUGUCAAUUUGUUGGAAGAAAUGCCACGAUUUGAUGUGGCACCCACGACAUUGUGCUUUACAUCCGCCUUGAAAGCCAUUGCCAAGAGUCAUGAAACGGCCAUUCGAUACGAACGGGGAUGGUCCAAGCACAAUCGACGACGAGAACGUGUCACGGCACAUCAUGGGAAAAUGGCAUACGACGUCGUUCUCUUGGCCGAAUCGGCCAAAGUGGAACUGGAUGAUGGAUUCGUUAGUGCGCUGCAAUUGUGUGCCGCCGCGGCAGGUGAUUCGGCAACCGCCAAAGCUAUUUACUUGGCCAGCAAGGUUCAACGGAAUAUGAAACAUUGGCGGGCCAUUGGAGGAGAGGAACACUUGGCGCGGUUGCGAGGAGAAGAUCCUGCCUUGCACUCAUUGGAGGGCAGUAGUACAGCUUUGCAAGUAGCGGAAACAGAUUCGUCCACGGCAGCCAUUGCCAAUGCUAACAUUCAGAAACGACGACAAGGAAAAAGGAUGUCGUUUGGCGAGCGGGAGUACGGAAAGGACACCCGAACUUUGUCUGCCGUUCUGCGAGCGUGUGCUCAAGCUUCGGAUAAAAAGGGCGUUGGCACCAUGUGGUCAGGUCGUGAUAACUAUGGAUACCUGGACUUGACGUCCUUGCGACUCAUUCAACAAUACAGAAAACCAUCCUUCCGAAACUCGGAUCUUCCGGGAAUGUCGAGGACAGAGUUCGGGAUCAAUACCAUGGUGGAUUCCGAAGAUUUGAUCAAACCUCGCAAACGAACAGACCCGUUCCUUCGCAGAGGUGCACGGAAAAAGUAUCCGGGCUUUGUUACUAUGGAAGGAAUGCCGAGUGGACUUUAUGACUUGCCCGACGAGCAGCAUUAUGACUACUUUGACGAAGAUGGCAUGCUCAAACAAAAAUAUAUCGAUUCUGGAGACUACCCUGAAUUUGAAAGAAUCCAAGAGAAUGCACGAUACUUAGCGGCCAAGGAAGCCAUGUUGGAACUAGAGCAGUCGCGACAAGAGAGGGUCGAACAGAUUGGAGAAGGCAAUCUUGCGUUUGACACUACUAGUAGGCAGAUUGAAGCUGGCGACAAACUGGCGUCAGAGAAUGCAGAUGACAAGGAGAUGGAAGUUGAAUGGUAUUUUGAUGCAGACUCGAGGAAAUGGUCCACCAGACCCAAGCAGGAAACUGCGGAGAGGCUGGAUGCUCUGCAACAAAUCGGUGGGCACACCCAGGAAGCAAUAGCAGAAGAUUACGCGAGCGAAAGUGGAACGGAAGAGUGGAACUUUGAUGAUGAAACCAGGCGUUGGAACACUCGGUUUGUGUCGACGCAGGAGAGUGCACACAAACCAUUGGCGGAGACGACGCUGACUGAUUUUGAAAGCAGAGCAAUGGAGGAGCAACGAAUGAAAUCCCUCCAGUUCGAGGGAAAUGAAGUUGACGACGAAGCUUUCGAUGAAGACGAACUAGACGAAGAGGAGUUCGAAAACGCGAUGAAGGCUGUGGGGAAAGAAUUUGGAUGGAAUGGGGGCAAAUUCGAUGAUCCCGAGAUGGAGAAGGACUUUGAGGAUUUUUUCCAUCAGUUAAAGCAAGAUAUGAUUGAAAACGGUGAAGACCUUUCCGCGGUGAGCGAUGUUGAAGCCCGGCAACUCUUUUUAGUAAUGGCAAGUGAGUUUGAUGCUUCAGCGGUGGAUACAGAUGACUCGGACGACGAAGCUGAGGAAGUCAAGAUGAGCGCUAUGGGCAGGGACGAACCUACAGCGGGUGACUCCACCGCAGCGCUGGCAAUGAGUCGACCGCCCCCAAAACAAGCAUUCGGUCAGAUUAUGCAGGAGCUGAAGGAUGAAUGGGGAGAAGACGGAUUAGAAAUAGACUUGGACGAUGUGAGUGACGAUGAGUUAUCUGGGGAUCAGAUGAUGGGUAGGACAGAACUAGCACUGGAACCCCAACCAGCGGCGUGGAAACCAGGAGCCACUUUUCAGGCAGACGCAGGCCAAGCAACAACCAUCCUAAUGGAACAACCCGAAGAAGUGGAAACCCAAGUCGAUCUCCAGGACGACUAUGGCAAUUCAACGUUAACAGAGACCGCUUACCGCUCUAUCCAGCAGGAAGAAGACAAUCCCGCGCCAGAGUAUGAUUUUGAGCUCGAGGAAUUGCGGCAACUGCUCCCAGGGUUGCCUGACAACCGGUUGCGGAAAAUCAGAAACGCUUACGAAGAAGGCUUGUCGGAUCCGUCGCUGUUAACUCUGGUCCCAAUAUUGAGGGAAACGAUGCCGGAUUGGUUCACGUCAAAGUCGUUGAGGGCUUCAAACGCCAGGAAUGCUCACUUUGUUCUGGAGAGAGCCAAAGAAGCAGGUUUGUUGGACGUGCAUAUUCUCAAUGGGAUGCUUCAGUUCUACACUUCAGCCGGAAGCCUCGAACAUGCCUUAGCUUUGUAUGACGAGUAUCGCGAGCAAAAGCUGGAGCCAACCUCGUACAGCGACCGCCUGGUCGUUCAAAUGUUUCUCAAACAAAAACGCUUUCAUCGAUGCCUUGCUUUCAAGCAAAUGGUGGAGGAGAGUGGGCGAAGGUUGGACUUGCUUGCAUAUGGCCCCCUCAUUGAACAUUGCAGCAAACAUCGGCAGCUCGGAUCAGCAAUCAUGUUUCUGAAAGAGUGCAUACGGGUCAACGGAGCUCCGCCAGGAGAAGCUUAUUUGAAAGAACUGAGGAUUCUGUGUCGCAAAGAGGACAUGGAAGAUGAAGUGGGCUUGGAGGCAAUGAUUGGAGAAGACCCCAUCCUUUGGAAAAAGCAUGGCGAAGCUGUCCUGAAACCAGGAAAGGCUGGAAACCAAAGCCACAUCAAUCUGGCAAGGAACGCGAUGGUUCGAGCAUAA